AUGGCUCCUGGAGUGGCGCUGCACAAAGGCGGUGGCGUGCGCAUGAUGCUCAACCCACAAGCGAAUUUACCCAAUUUCUUUGAAAAUUUUUCUGGGUAUUUUUUUCUUUCGGGUUCUGAGGUUGUGGCCGUGAAGUCUACUAAGGAGGAUGAUUCUGAGGAGCCUUGGCUAGACAAUGGUUUUCUGGAUGCUCUUCAGGGCUGCCCUUACAUUGUUACUUGCUUUAGAGAAGAUUUUACCGUUGAUGCUGAGGAUGAAGAGGCCCCUUGCAUAGCCAAUUACUUUAUGGAGUAUGCUUCUCAAGGAACUCUUGCUGAUCUAAUCAAGAAAUUAGAAUGUGGCUUGCCUGAGGAGGACGUGAAGCGCUUUACAAGGAUGUUACUUGAGUGGCUGGACUUUGUUCACAAGAAAGGCAUUGUUCAUUGUGAUAUAAAGCCUCAAAAUAUUCUGCUUGCACCUGAUGAGACAGGUUUAUUGGUUGCAAAAAUAGCUGAUUUUGGUUUGGCAAAAAGUACUUUAAGAGACUUGGAGAUAGGUGUUAGAGGGACUGCCAUGUAUAUUGCUCCUGAGAGCAUUGUUGAUGAGAUUCAGCUUCAACCAUCUGAUGUUUGGGCACUCGGUUGUGUGGUUCUCAAUAAGCUAACAAGGAGGCCAAUUUGGAAACUGAAUUUGGAUGAGGGUAUUGAAGACCUUUGGAAGCAAAUUGCCUCGGCAAUAACCAGUAUCCCAGAUAGGAUCUCACAUCUGGCCAAAGACUUCUUGCUUAAAUGCUUUGUUAGGAAUCCUGAAGAGAGGUCAAGUGUUGGCAGCCUCUUAUAUCACUCUUUCGUCAAUGUUGUUUUACACGACAUGCCCGAAUUUGAAGUGGGUUUCUUAUCCUCUUGUGCUGUUGCUUCUUCUGAUCUUGAAGAAAAAUUUAAAGAAGAAGAGGUGCAGGAGGUGUAUGAUGAUGACAUUAUGGAGGACCCCUCUGAAAUUGAAAUUGGGAAUCAAGUAACACUUUUUGGCUCAUCAUGGGCUUCCAAAGAAGCAGUGGAAGCUGCUGUAAAGCUUUUCAAUUUUGUUCGUGUAGAUAAUAUCAUACCACUCGGUUCAGCAGUUAGAUUCAAAAAAAAUUGA